AGUAGAAGCUAAGCAGAGCGGAGUGACUACUCGGGCUCGCGCAGCAGUCUCUCCCUUCCCAGUUCCUGUUUCCGCCUUCAGUCUUCAGACAGCUUAACAACUCAAAGCAUCAUCGUCAGGCAGAAUAUAUACCUUGAAGAAAUCCAAGCUUUGUGAGAUAAAGCCCGAAAGAAGUUGUCCUCUGAAGUCCGUUAUGAGUAGUCUGUGAGGCUUGUAUUAAGAGGGAAGUAUUCUACAAGGCCACGCCAUAGAGACCCAGAGAGACUGAGCCAUCUGCCAGUCAGUCAGUCAGUCAGGACUACAGAGACACAGAGGGUAACACCAGUGAGCUGACCAGACUACCAGACCCCGGCUCAGCACAAGCCCAAUCCAGCCUAGACCAGAGAGGACUCGGACAUCCUAACUCCCUGGAGGAACCAUAGCCAUGCAUUAACUAACCCCACCAACCCUACCUGAACUGCAUCUCACCAUCUCCGUCCUCCCCCCCACGCCCUCCGGCAUUCUCACCAUGCCUCAAGGCCUAUUGUGACGGGAGUGCUGCUCACCCCCCAUCCCUCACCCCUCCACCCCAGCCCAAUAGGCCCCAAAGGCCCCAGAGGGGUGAAAGAUGCGCCCAUGGGCAGGUUCGUGGCGCUGGAUCAUGCUGGUGCUCCUGGCUUGGGGCACACUGCUGUUCUACAUUGGAGGUCACCUGGUGAGGGACAGCGAGCACCCGGAGAGAUCCAGCAGAGAGCUGUCCAAGAUCCUGGCCAAGCUGGAGAGACUGAAACAGCAGAAUGAGGACCUGAGACGCAUGGCUGAGACACUCAGGUUACCAGAGGGCCAGUCUGACGGGGGCCCGGUGGUGAGUGCAGGCAGACUGCGGACCCUGGAGGAACAGUUGAUCAGAGCUAAGGAACAGAUAAACUCCUACCGCAGCCUGCCUGGAGAUGGGCCAGGUAGGAACCAGGAAGAGCUGCGGAGGAAGAUAGAGAACGGGGUGAAGGAGAUCUGGUACUUUGUCCGCAGUGAGGUCAAGAAGCUGGGUCACAUGGAGCAGGGGGACCUGCAGAAACACAUCGACACACUGCUGCAGGAGCUGGGACACCAGCAGAGGUCCAUCAUGACUGACCUGCACUACCUGAGCCAGGCUGAUGGAGCAGGAGACUGGAGAGAGAAGGAGGCCAAGGACCUGUCUGACCUGGUACAGAACAGGAUCACAUACCUCCAGAACCCCCAGGACUGCUCCAAGGCCAGGAAGCUGGUGUGUAACAUCAACAAGGGCUGUGGCUACGGCUGCCAGCUGCACCAUGUGGUCUACUGCUUCAUGAUCGCCUACGGCACCCAGCGCACCCUUAUCCUGGAGUCCCAGAACUGGCGCUAUGCCACGGGAGGCUGGGAGACCGUCUUCCUCCCAGUCAGUCAGACUUGCACUGACCGCACCGGGGUCACCACCGGACACUGGUCAGGUGAGGCUAACGACAGAGAUGUCCAGGUGGUAGAGUUGCCCAUCGUGGACAGCCUGCACCCCCGCCCCCCCUACCUGCCCCUGGCCAUUCCCGAGGACCUGGCCCAGCGCCUCCACCGGCUCCAUGGUGACCCAUCCGUCUGGUGGGUGUCUCAGUUUGUCAAGUACCUGAUCCGGCCCCAGGCCUGGCUGGAGAAGGAGAUCCAGGAUACCACCGCCAAACUGGGCUUUAGGCACCCCAUCAUAGGGUAGGUGGACGCACUAUGCAUGCAAGCACACAUGUACUGUA